AUGCCAGAAGUUCAAGACAAAAUAAAUAUUGAGACCCGUAGGUCUACCACUCCGGGAAAGCGUGUCAUCCUUGUGCAGGGGCCAUGGGACAUAAAUAUAUGCAAAUAUAAGAACGGUGCGAAAAUGGUUUUGCAUUUUGUUGGGCUUGCGGGGUUGGGUCACAGCCACAGCUUGCUUUCCCUUCAUUGA